GGCUGGUAGCGCCUCCCCCUCCCCUCCAAGUGUUUGUGACAGAGCAGGGAGAGGAGGUGCAGUGUCUAUUCCCUGCCCUUAUUCCAAAACAAGCCCAGCAGAGUCAAUGUCAGGGCUGUUGGACGGUGCCAGACUGGCAGCUGUGGGGGCUGAGCAUCUCAGUUCAUCCCCACGGAGAGGCACAGCAUGGGUGGCAGCAGGGCAAGCUUCUAUCACAGGCUCCCUCAUCCCUGCCCUGGAGGAACACUGGCUAGGGAUGGGAGGGCAGUUCAGCCUCCAUGGUCCAGUCAGCCUCUCCUCUGAGCCUUUCAAGACGGAGGCCAGUUAGUGGCCGUUGUGCUGCUGGGUUUUAUAAUGUGGACACAUUUCAGGGGGGAAAUGCUGCUUCUGGUAAGCUCUGGAGCUCUCUCCUGUCUCCAUGCUGCAGGCGGAUUGAAGGCAAGUUCAGUUCUGUAGCAGAAAGUGGCAGGGCUGUCUGUGUGCUGGCUGGGCCAGGUUCUCUAGAGUGACACUGGCGGGUGUAUCAGAGUCAGCGCCAGGGCUGCGUUAGCUUUCACUUGUAGGUUCAAAGCUAAGAAACAUGUUCCUUCCUUUUUUCUUUCUUGGAAAACCAGGAAGAAAUAGGGAACAUUGCACCAAAAGGUUAAAUAACAACCCGCUCACGAGUCCGUUAGCAUGUGCAGCAAUUAUUGAGCUAACACACCAGCCACUAACGGUGAGGGGACCCCAUCCUCCACCUCCCUCUCAGCAGUUGCACCAUCCCUUGGCAAAAGGUCCUACCCAGGGAUGUCAAGGACCUAAGGACCUGAUCUGAUGCCUGCUGAACGCUGUCGCAGAACAGCUACUGAUGGAAAUGGGAGAAGGAUCUAUCGUCAGCAAAGGGGUCCUUGAGGGUUAUGGAACUAGCUAAAUGCGGGCAUGUGGCUUAAUGCUCUGGCCUUCUGGCAAAGAGGGCGCGAGUGUCAGAGGGGCGCAGAGCAUGUAUCUGAAUGAAAUCUGUGUACUAUGAUAUGACCAGCCGGGGAGUUUGUAGGUGUGGGUUUGGGAGAUGGGUUGCUCGGGAUGAGAGGAUGGAAGGGUGUGGGGGUGAAGGUUGUUUAGAAAUAGAGCUGGAGGUGUGGGUGGUAGGUGAUGAUUGGGGAGGUUCAUGGCAUCUGGCAUCUUGUUGUCAUUAUCUUACUCAUAGUCUGAGGUGGAGUUGAGUGGGGAUGAGCGUUUGUGGGGAAUGCAGGCGCAAUGGGCUGCAGGCUGGCGGGUGAUAAAACUGAGGAGGAUAAGCAGGGAAUGAUAUAGUCUCCUGGAUGGUUACUGAUACGUCUAAUUGUCUCCUCUCCCCCACUUCUGAACCAGCCGAAUCCCUCCAAGCACAUGGAAUUCCUACGAGUAAUGAUAAUGGUGAUCUGGUGAAUGUGGUUUUGGUAACAAGAAAAAUGCCUUCCUGGGAAAGAAAGAGAAACAGCAGCUGCUUUCCCACAGGGGUUGGAGCCAGAUCUCCCACCAAAGGGGCAGGAGACUGCCUCAGCACAAAGUGUGGUCUGGCAGCAGGAGGGGAGAGAGUGCUACGUGUUUCUGGUACAGCACUGAGGUUCUCCUGGUGCUCUAGUCCAGUUGGGUGGAGGAGGACAUCAGCAUUCUCCUGGCCUGCAGAUUUCCAGGGGUUUAGAACCCAGCUGGGCCUUAGGACAGGACUCAGGAGAACAAUGUGAUCAACACAAUAAAAAAAAAUCAGACCCUAUAUUUGUUAUUGAUUAAAAGAAUGUUGGGAUUCUGAGAGAUGUUGUUCCCCAUUUACAAGUCCAAACCUGCAUUGAUUGGCAGCAUGAAACCAGACCAAAAUAUCAGGCAUCCUCCCGACAGGUGCCAUGUUCCUCAGCACCUCACAGCAAUCCUGCUCCCCACCCCUGCAGCAGUUCCUCUUUCUUUCCCAUGGCUGUUAUUUCUGGAGGGGGUAGGGAAGGGUGUCUCUGAGAGGUAUGGGGCUGGCUCUAGGGAAUUCUUUCCAGAAUCCUCUUCUGAGCCUCGGUUUUCUUUGAUUUUUCUCAAGCGCUGGCUUUGGUUCUAAAUCUGGAAAUGUGUCAGUGAUGUUUUCACUUGUUGGAGAGAUUAAAGGGACAGUCAAGAUUUAAAACAGCAGACAUCAUUAAAAAUAUGGUACUAGAAUGUCACGUGGCAUGUUUAAAACUGACAGAACUGUAAAAAUCCAAGUCACUUUUCCCCAGUGAUCCCCUAUUUGCUUUACUCCCUGAAUUUCACUCCUCCUGGGCAGUGACUUUAGCCUGGUCACUUUCACUUCCUCAUUCUUGACACUUUCCCUUGCAAGUCGCCAGGCACUAGCCCAAGGCUGCUGGGUUUGUGGCUUCCCAAACUGCCAGGAAGGCUUUAAAGCUAAACAAAAAUGUGUUUCCAUUCAGUUAAUGGAAACCUUGCUGUUAAUAAGGAUCCCGACAUUUACCUCAUUUGUAAAGUGCUUUGAAAUAUACUGAUGAAAAGCACUAAGAGCUAGGUAUUACUGUAUUAUUGUAAUUUUAUUAUUAAGUUUUGAAAAACAUUUUUCUCACACAAUCUAAAUUCCAGCACAAAUGACUUGACACUGUCCCUUUAAGAGUUUCUCGCUCCCCAAGUUCUUCCUCUUCUACCAGAAUAGUGCAAGUGAUGUCAUGGUGGUGAAUCAGUGAUGUUGCAGUCACUGCCAUAAUGAUGUCACAAACAUGCAGUUAUGACCUUGCUGGAACAAAGAGGGGGAACUCUUCUUUAACCAAAGUAUCUGCGAUAACAGAAAAGAAGCGGGGAAACAACCAGACAAUGGAGCCUCAUGCGCUAGUGGGAUCUUGUUUUUACUUUGAUCUGGUGGGAUAUUCUCUCUUCAUUACUUCCAGGGAGUCACAAAUGUAAACCAAAGGGGAUUUUCCUGGAAAGGAGCCAGUACAGGGAGAAGUGUUGAAUAGUUAAUAUCUUCCCCACACUGCCCCUGGUUCUGAGGAGUUUCCUUUAACUUGUCCUGAAGGUAGUGACCUCACAUGGGUUUUGUGAAGUGUGAGCAGUGUUUGUGAACCAUAAAGAGAACCUUGAACAAAUGGAGCUAGAGGACAGAGUGUUAUUAUAUCAUAAUAAAUCCAUGGCCAUUCAGAACUUAACAGCAUGAGCAAGGAGAGAACUGGGAUGCUCCCACUCCAAAAGCAUAGAGCCCUAGCACUUCAGCUAGUAAAAGUAAAUUAAUGGAGAUAUCCUAUCUCUUAGAACUGGAAGGGACCUUGAAAGGUCAUCAAGUCCAGCCCCCUGCCUUCAUUAGCAGGACCAAGUACUGAUUUCGCCCCAGAUCCCUAACUGGCCCCCUCAAGGACUGAACUCACAACGCUGGGUUUAGCAGGCCAAUGCUCAAACCACUGAGCUAGCCCUCCCCCCACAGCUAAUGGUGACACUCCAUUAGCUGCUAGCACCAUAGGGACUAUGACCCACAGUGAAAUAGGUCUGAUUCUGCUGUGCAGAGGGCAGUGACUGCAUGCAUAGACAGACACACAUACACCAAUUCGUUACAAUAUUAUCAUUGACUGACUUGGUGUCUCAUUUCUCCUGUAUGCAAUGUGCAUCAAUACAGUUCAAUAUGUCCUAGACAAUGGCUGUGUGUGUGUAACCACUGUUCCCAUGAAACUGAAUCUGUGCCAUUCGCAGGGGCGGUGCAGUUAUUUUCUGGGGGAACUGUUGGGAGUGGCAGGUUCUUGGUGUGCAGUUGCUGCAUGUAUAGAAUCCUUUUGCCACCUGCUGAUUCACCAUCUUAACAAACUGUCUGAUGAGAGCUGACUCCAUGCAGCUAUUGAGCUGAAAAAUCCCUCCCAGCUGCUGGGCUAGAAAUGUACAAGUGCUGUCCUGGGUUGGCUGAUUUCUCAGAAAAGGGUUGCUUGCUAUGAGGGGAAAUGUCACUUGGAAGUGGGUCUGAUCAGAAUCUUGGGUUUUUUCCCUGUCCUUCUUGCUCCCUCUCUUGUGCUUCUCUCUCAUUCCCUCUCUUCUUUCUCUCCCCUUCUCUCCAUCCUGUGCCCCCUUUAUUGCCCUCUCUCUCCUCCUCCCUCUGCCCGAAAGCUUGACGUCACUGUUCUACGGGGAGCAGAGUGAGAAGGAGAAAUCACCAUCGGAGACCAGCCCGCCGGAUGUCGAUAACAAAGAUGUGGGAUUCUGCUCCUGGCUCAUUUCCAUCUACCAAAUGAAGGAUGAGGAGCUCCAGAGCAAGUGUGGAAUCGACGCCACCACCUACCUCUCUUUCCAGCGCCACAUCCUGGUGCUGGUCAUGAUCGUCUGUGUGCUCUCUGUGGCCGUCAUUCUGCCUGUCAACUUCUCUGGGGACCUCUUGGGAAACAGUCCAGCUCACUUUGGCCGGACGACCAUCACCAAUGUCCCAACACAAGACCGUCUCCUAUGGCUGCACAGUAUCUUCGCUCUCAUCUAUUUCAUUAUCACCAUCCUCUGUAUGGCUCAUCACUCUGUCCAGCUCGAAUACAAGGAGGAUGAGAAGGUCGCACGGACACUGAUGGUCACCCGGAUUCCCAAGGAGAUCACAGACUCCUCCCUUGUCAUCAAGCAUUUUCACGAGGCCUAUCCCAGCUGUACUGUCACCAAUGUCCAGUUCUGCUUUGAUGUUCGCAAGCUGAUGAAGCUGGAUGGAGAGAGGCGCAAGGCGAUGAAGGGACGACUUUACUUCACUACCAAGGCACAGAAAGAGGGGAAAAUCAUGAUCAAAACUCAUCCCUGCGCCCGCAUCUUCUGCUGCCGCAGCUGCAACUUUGAACAGGUGGAUGCUGAGCAGUACUAUGGGGAGCUGGAGGAGAAACUGACCGAUGAGUUCAAUGCUGAGCGCAACCGCAUCUCACUCAAGCGUCUUGACAUAGCCUUCGUCACUUUCCAGGAUGAGAGGAUGACAGCAGUGAUUUUGAAGGAUUACAGCCGCAUCCACUGCCGCAGGCACCCACAGCAAUCCUCCGUCACCACGGUGGUAAAGUCCUACAGCUGGGGUGUCCGCUAUGCCCCUGCCCCCAGUGACAUCAUCUGGGAGAAUUUAUCUGUCCGUGGCACGUCAUGGUGGGUGCGAUUUGUCCUCCUCAAUUUCUGCCUCUUCAUCCUCCUCUUCUUCCUCACCACACCUGCCAUCAUCGUCAACACCAUAGACAUGUUCAACGUGACGCGGCCGGUGGAGAGCCUCAAGAAUCCCGUCCUCACCCAGUUCUUCCCCACGCUGCUGCUCUGGGCCUUCUCUGUGUUCCUGCCCUUCGUCGUCUACUAUUCCGCCUUCUUUGAGUCACACUGGACCAGGUCGAAUGAAAAUCAAGUCACGAUGCACAAGUGUUACUUCUUUCUGGUGUUCAUGGUGAUCAUCCUGCCCUCACUGGGGCUGACCAGUUUAGAUCUUUUCUUCCACUGGCUCUUUGACAUUCACUUCUUGGAUGAGGCAAAUAUCAAGUUCCAGUGCGUUUUCCUCCCUGAUAACGGCGCUUUUUUUGUCAACUACGUCAUCACGUCAAGCCUGAUUGGGACAGCCAUGGAGCUGCUGCGCAUCCCCAGCCUCAUCGUCUAUGCAACCCGCCUCUGCUUCGCCAAGUCUGAGCCAGAGCGGCUCCACAUCAAGCGGAGCCAAGCCUAUGAGUUCCAGUUCGGGCUGGAGUACGCCUGGACCUGCUGCAUCUUUGCUGUCGUCAUGACCUACAGCAUCACCUGCCCCAUCAUCGUCCCCUUUGGUUUGCUCUACAUGCUGCUGAAGCACAUGGUCGAUCGCUACAACAUUUACUACGUGUACAUCCCCACCAAGCUGAACCAGCGCAUCCACUCGGCGGCCGUCAGCCAGGUGGUGGUGGCACCCAUCCUCUGCAUGUUUUGGCUGCUCUUCUUCUCUGUCCUGCGUCUAGGUCCCAUCCGUCCCAUCACCCUCUUUACCUUCGUGGUUCUUCUAUCCUGCGUCCUCUUCUCUUUUUUUGGCCUGUGUCUGAAGAAGCUGCAGCCAAGGAAGCCCUCCAGCUACCAGAUGUCCGAGCAGUCAGAAGGGGCCUUCAAUGACACGGAAAGAAGCAGCAUCUCCUCAACCCCUAACUCAAAUAUGUUCGUGGCCACGGUGCUGCAGGAGCCGGAGCUGAGCCUGACGCCGGCUGCCUCCCCAGCUCACCAGUCCUACGGCACAAUGGGCAACCGGUUGGAGCCGGUGGAGAACAGCGAGGAGGGCGGCCUGCAGAGCUUUGAGACGGAGCUGGAGACUGUGGAGGGUGAAUUCAGAACCGGGCCCGUGCGGGAGGACCAGGUCCAUUACCACUGAGCAGCCGCCCACAGCGGCAACACCAGCUGGACAGAAACACCGACAUCAAGUAUUGAGAACAGGGGGGAACUCCAUCUUGUAGGCCCCAAGCUUCCUGAGCUGCCAUGUCGACCCUGCCGCCAGCUCUCAGGCUCUGGCGAGGGUCCAGUGCCGCUAACAGGACCAGAUGCAACACUGCUGAAGAGCAGCGGCUUUUCUGGCCUGCGAGAGCCCAAGCCCCAAUGCUGGGGUGGUGGCCUCCUGCUCAUGCACACAGAUAAUACUGGGGUCUAGGGUGCAGUGGUGGAGACAGAACUGAACAGAGGGAGAGACCCCAGGAGGCCUCCUGCUUCCAUCCUGUGCUCCAGCUCUGAGCAGCUGAAGCCGAUUGCUAGUGCAUCUCAUGCUCAGUAGCCUGCCUGCCAUCUCCUGGCUUUCCCUUCUCCUGGAGUCAGAGUCAGCCACAGACCUCAGGCACCCCUCUUUGCUUUCCCUACCUUUCCCUCUGGUUCAGCAUCCCUUUGGGAAGGAGGGGUGCAGGAGAGUGGGUGGCCCCAUUGCGCCAGGGCAGAUGUAGCUGUGAACCUUUUUUAUCAACGUAUUUUGGGAGAUUGGGGGGUGGGCACGGGCUUGUUCUCCUGCUGCCAAGGGAAAAUGCCCAGAGAGCACCAAUGAAUGUGUCCAAUGCAGAAGCAAAGGCCUGCAGCUCCUUGGUUACCACAGGCGCCAACCAGACUCAAGUGCAGCUGCCAAACCCGUAGCUUUGUGGUGCGCUCACUCGCUGCCCCAAGGAGCAGGGCAGGGGAGUUGCCCUUCAGCUGGGCCCCGGCACCAGGCCUGGGUGUCGUCUGUUCCUUCCCCCCAUGUCUGCUUGUGGCUGUGUGUGUGUGUGACUGCUGAAUGCUGUCUUUGGGGCUCCUUGCCUUGGUUCAGUGUCAGAGGUGGGGCCCGUCACCUGGCUCCCCAUAGCACAGGGUAAGGGAGAAAGAGAGAGGGGGGGCGCCAGGGGGAGCGUGCUGAGGCCAGGAUGGAAAAACAAGCAGCAAAAGGAGAGUUGUGUGCCCUGAAGCAUUAACUCUUUGUACAGCAGCAUGUUCCAGACUGCCGGCUCUUUGGGCAUGACCCCCAGAGAUGCAUGUAGGCUCCAAGGGCUUAAUUAAGGAGGCAGCUGGGAGUGGGGGGUGGGGGGGCUCAAUA